AUGGCGUGGAAUUUCAUCUCGGCCCCGGUGUUUCUAGUCAUCUUUCGCGAGACACUAGAGACGGCCAUUAUCGUCUCGGUGUUGCUGGCAUUCUUGAAGCAAACCCUAGGUAGACCGGAUCAAGAUGCCAAGAUUUACAAAUCUCUCUGCAGACAGGUCUGGCUCGGCACCGCCGUCGGCUUCCUGAUAUGCCUCUUCAUCGCCGGCACCAUCAUCAGCAUCUUCUACCUCUACGGCCGCGACGCAUGGGCCGCCCACGAGUACUACUACGAGGGCGCCUUUUCGCUCUUUGCCAGCAUCGUCAUCUCCGUCAUGGGCGUCGCCCUGCUCCGCGUCGGCCAGAUGCAGGACAAGUGGCGCAACAAGCUCGCCAAGGCGCUGCAGGCACCGGUAAAGGCCGACACCCGCCAGGGCUGGCUUAAGCGCCUGGCGGAAAAGUACGCGCUAUUCUUUCUACCAUUCAUCACGAUCCUGCGUGAGGGCAUCGAGGCCAUUGUCUUUGUGGCGGGUGUCUCGUUCUCGGCGCCGCCCGCGGCUAUUCCCUUUUCUGCGCUCGCUGGCCUGGCGUUUGGUGUUGCCGUUGGCUACGCCAUUUUCACGUGCGGUGUCUUUAUGCAGAUGAGACUUUUCCUGGUCAUAUCGACAUGCUUUCUUUACCUAGUCGCGGCGGGACUGUUCUCUCGUGCCGUUUGGUACUUUGAAACCCAGGACUGGAACAUGAUUGUUGGCGGCGACGCUGCUGAGCUGGGUGAUGGGCCCGGAUCUUAUGAUAUUGACCGCAGCGUGUGGCAUGUAAAUUGCUGCAGUCCCGAGGUGGAUGGUGGUGGCAUCUGGGCGGUCCUCAACGCCGUCGUGGGAUGGACCAACUCGGCCACCUACGGCUCAGUCAUUGCAUACAAUGUGUACUGGGUUUUUGUCAUGGCUGGUCUCGCCACAGUGCGAUAUCAUGAGAGGAACGGACGGUUCCCUUUUAUGAGGGCAAAAAAGGCUGCGCCUCGGUCGCAAGGCCAUGCACAGAGCGAGGCUUCACCGUUGUUGGAGGGAGGUGCCCAUUAG